AUCUGAGUUCAUCAAGUGACUGAAACAGUUUACUGGACUGGUCAUGGACAACUCUGCUGUCAUUCUGCUUGUCCUUCUCCUUGGGACGCUGAACACAGUCCAGUGUCAGUAUGAAGAGACAAAAUCUGAGGAUUUUGAAGGGAGUAGUAGCCCAAUAGAUGAUAUCCCCGAAGAGGAGAAAUACUCUGUGUCUGCUCUGAUUGAAAGGGCCAACAAGAAUGCAGGACGAGCACUUGAUGACCCGGAGAUCCGAGAGGGUGAUAUUGCAGUGCACACUGGGUUCCAGAAUGCUGACCCCUGCACCUCCCGUGGCUGCAAGUGGCCUCGUGCCCGGGAUGGCUUAGUCUAUGUCCCUUACUACAUCUCCAACCAGUACUGUAAAGGUCAUCUUUCAUUGUACAGUUAGUGAUUCUUAUCACAAACACUUUUUGUCAAAUUUAGCUAAUCUUUAUCUAUGGUGUCUCUUCUUUGCCGUCCUUCCAUAAAGUGGAAUAUGGAAGACAUGGG